UGGAUCGGAGCGCUCCCACAUGACAAAGCUACAGCGCGUCUGGAACCAGGAACGGAGAGCGGGCGGUGGGAGAAACCUUCGACAAGAUCCUCAUCGUGUCUCUACCUGCAGCACGUCCGGCUCAGCUCGCUGUCAGAAAAAAAAACUUCACUGACCGUUUUUCGUCUUAGUUUUUCCGACUACGGAGGUGGGAAGCCUCCCUCGCUUUCUCCCCCUCUCCAAGUGAACUUUAUAGGGAUGUUAUAUCAGAGCAUCACCGAGCUGAAUGCAGAGAAUAGCGCUCAAGUAACUGUAGGACGGAUAUAAAGACCCGAACGUCUGGAGAGGUUCAGUCCUCUUCUUCUUGUGCUACUUUUUGCUCGUUUUUAAACACAAGGGAAAAGGAGAGAUAGAGACAGUUUUGUGUGUGUGAGCAGGAGAGAGAGAGAGAGAGAGCGAAAGAGAGAGCGAGAGAGAGAGAGAAGUCGCGCAGGUUUGUUGGAGCUACGCUUUCAUGCCGUCAGUCUUGCGGACUCUGAGAUGGACGUCAGAUUUUAUCCAGCUCCCCCUUCAAGCGUGGGCUCAUGUACGUUACCGACUGACUCCGGUUUGGACUAUUAUCAUUCCAACAAGAGCAGAUACGGUGCUGCAGAUCGAGGUGUGAGACUCUACAGUUCCCUGCCCAUGCGCCCAAACCCUGACGGCAAGAGACUGCCCUCUACUGGGUUUGAUGGUGACAACAUGUACAUGAAUGAAAACAACCAUGAGUUCCUCCCGCCAAACCAGAGCUACACAGGUCAGACUGGCGGCGGCGGGGGAGGAGGCGGAGGUGGCGGCAACUCCAGCGGAAAUGGAGCCGGGGACGAGGACUACGAGAUCCCCCCCAUCACUCCACCCAACCACCCCGAGCCUCCUCUUCUUCACCUGAUGGAGCACGACUCUACAGGCUACCUCUGUCACUCGCUGCCACACAACGGCCUCAUCAACCCGUACUCCUACCCAGAGCUGCCCACACUCAUGAUGUCGAACAUGCUGGCACAGGACACUCACCUUGUCUCCAGCCAAAUGCCCUCGAUGCAGGAGAUGGCUUUGCACCACCACCAACAGCAACACCAUCACCAGCACCCCGACGGCGCUCAUUAUGACCCCGCCCGUAACCACCCCCUGAUAAACAGCUCACCUCCGAUACUGCCCAACCCCAUGAGCGCACUGUCCCAGCUUAACCCCCAGGUCAGCCGGAGUGCACUGCCUCAUGGCUCCCCCUCACCUCCCGGAAGUAAAUCGGCCACGCCCUCCCCUUCGAGCUCCAAUCAGGAAGAGGAGACUGAUCCUCAUUUAAAGAUGGUGUUACAGAUCACGGGCGAGAAGCGGCCGUCUUCGGAGAUGAUGAAGCCCAAGCCCAAACCACAGAAAAAGAAGAAGAAGAAGGAUCCCAACGAGCCGACAAAACCCGUGUCGGCCUACGCCCUGUUCUUCAGAGACACCCAGGCAGCCAUUAAAGGACAGAAUCCCAACGCCACCUUUGGAGACGUAUCCAAAAUAGUAGCCUCCAUGUGGGACGGACUGGGAGAGGAGCAGAAACAGAGCUACAAGAGGAAAACAGAGGCUGCUAAGAAGGAGUACCUGAAAGCCCUGGCCGCCUACAGAGCCAGUCUGGUUUCCAAGACAUAUAACGAUCCCGUGGACACAAAAAGUGCCCAAACGAGCCAGGCUUCUCCACACAUGAUGCCAGCCAACCCGCCCCUGUACAGCGUGCCACCACCCCCACAGCCGUCAUCGCCAUUCUUGGGGACCGGGCCCUUCCCCCUCACUGACCUGCAGAGCUACCCAGGACACGCCCCCCGCCACACUCUGUCGCAGACGCUCAGCCAAUCGCAGAUGCUGCCCAGCAUUAGUGCCUCACCCCCUUCCUCCUUCCAGAUCAGCCCACCUCUUCACCCCCACCAGCAGCUCUCCCUGCAUCAGAGCUCGCUCCUCAACCAGCCUAUUCGCAUGCAGCAGGUCCAGUCCCAGCCAAUCAUCUCUCACCAGAUGGGGCUCCAGGCCUCCCUUCACUCCCCACCUCCAGGGCAGCAGGGUUUUUCCCACCUCCAGUCAGAGUACCAGAAGAGCAUUGGAGGUUCCCAGUCUCCAGGAGCCCCUGGCCCCGGCCCAGGUCCUCAGACCCAUGACUGGGACAGUGAAUACUGCAAUCGGGAGUGUGGCAACCACUGCAGUGGCAGCAUGAUAGGCAGGGACAAGCCACUCUACCUCACCUGAAACUGAAGAUCAUACUCUGUCGACAAAAUACGACACAGAGGAGUCCACUCUCACCCCCCACCCCCACCCCACCAUUCUCCCCCAACCCCGUCGCCCCAACCCUUCUCCGACGAUGCACACACUUACAUGCAGUUCACACUUAACAUGCGACACACACACACACACAAACACACAAACACACACAUUCCGCUUCCCAAACACCGCCACCUUUCUUUUUUCUUUUUUCGUCAGUGUAAUUAUUGUUUCUCUCAGUUUCUAGGAUUUGUGACCAGAGUUCUUUGACUAGAUGACUACUGUCUGUACCACUUAAUGUAUUAGCAGUCCUCUUGCUGUUUAAAUUUGCCAAGCACUUAUAAAGCGUCCCUCCCCUCCUCCCCCCCGCCGAGUCGUGUGUCUGUGCCCUCUCUGAUGAUAACAGGCCGGGGCUGUAGAGCACUCCUCUAGUGUGUCACCAUCAAAGUCCCCUCAGGGACCCCAUCCAGCUUUAAUUAGAACGAGAAGAAAAAAAAAACAUACUCUUCCCUUUCUUUAAUCACUUUAUUUUUUUUUGUUUCUUUUUAUUGUUGUUGUUGCUGUUUUAUUUAUUUUUUUAUUUCGGGCAUCUUUUCUCCUUUUUUUUUUUUGCCAAUAAGCGAUGGGCCCUGUACUGUAGAGAAAUAUUAACUUCAAGAAGUAGGUUCAGUGUGGGCCUUGGUGUUAUGGUAGCUUUGCUUAAGGGCCUGCAAAUGAAAACAAAAAAAAAAAAAACUUGGGUGGGGAAGAGAAACAAAACAAAAAGAAUCUUUUUUUAAUAUUAAAGACCUGUUGGGGUCUACUGAGCUGUCACAGUGUGAUUGUAAAUAUCACUUUUAUGGGAUCAAAUUGGGAAUCGGAGGUCCAGAUAGAUUUGUUUCUUCUUUAAUAUUACAUGUAAGUCAUAGUGUGUGUGCGUGGGUGGGUGGGUGGGUGUGGGUGUGGGUGUGUGUGGGUGUGUACGUGUGGACGUUAGAAUGUACCGCAUUCAUGACGUGUGCAGCUGAGUAUGUAUGCGCGUACGUGCGCGGACACACACUCGCGCGCGCGAGAGGGUGUCUCAGUGUUCGAGUCUUUCUCGUGAAUUUUAACAGCCCUGUGCAGCUGGAUUUCAGAGGAGUAUUUCACACUCUCGUUCUUGCAUUAAAUCUGUGCUCACUGGUGUGUUUUUUUCCAAUAAAGUUCAAUCUAAAACUGAAUACACAAUAUGUGUCCUGCAGAUCAUUAAAUGGAAAGAGCCAGGUGAGAGAUAGAGAGCAAAGAGAUAGAAAAAGGAGAAAGAAACGCUGUGAGAUAAAAUGAGAUGUAAUGUUGGGAAAGGAAAAAAAAAAUGAUAUUGCCUCAAAAUGCCUGUCCCUCCCUUUUCUUAUUUUUCCUGACCAUAACGUCAGUUUUUCUUUCUUUUUUUUUUCUUUUUUCUUUUUUGUCUCCUCAACAUGCAGAAGUGAAGUAAUGACAUAUGUGAACGGAGCCAUCACAUCCACAUUACAUUUUUAUAAGUUUCUAGUUGGUGUUUGGUUGUGUUGAUCUCAUCUUUUUAACUUUUGUGUGAUUAACAGAAAUGCAUUUUGCUGACAAAGACAUCUCGUUUUUAUCUCUUUAAGUGUAGCAUAAAUUUCAGUUGUAGUUGCUGCGGAAUUAUAACAUUUUAAGUUGUGUAAAAAAAAAAAUGGAAAAAAAAUGAAAAAAAAAAACUGCCAAUUGUAGUUAUUUUAUUUGUAAAGCCAGUAAUGAUAAAUAUUCUAAAUGGUUAUCAGUAUAUUGUUUUCUGCUAGUUGCCCAUCAGCCAUUUGACAGGUUUUCUUAUUUAUAAAAUAAAUUAGAUCACUUUUGCUUCUUACAAUGGAGGUGUAUUUUUAUUCUUAUUUUAAUGUUUCUUUGGUUUGGUUUGAUAAAAAAAAAAAGACCAUAAUGAUGAUUAUUUCUUUAUUUUUUACAUUUUUGGGUGCUGCCCCUUUCUUUCCUUGCAAGCAGCACCGGUUUGUGUCACAUUGCUUCUUUUAUUCCGAACCUGCAUAAUAAAGAAAAAAAGUUUAAAAGUGA